CUGCAAGUCUUGGCUGAAGCAACGCAGCAACAAGUGGUGAGCCCGACGUGAUUCGUUCGGAGGGCAGAGGUGUAGCUCGCGAGCAUGGAUGUGACGGUUAAGGUACUGAAAACGUUGGCAAAGGAUUUCAAGAUUUGUAUCAAAUCUGGCAGCAUUAAGGCGUGCCUGGAAUCUUUGAUUCACAGUGGGGUGCUUGGUCACCCUGCUCAGAUAUUUAAUUCCAAAAAUUGGCCACAACUUAAACAGACACUGAUUGAGCAGGCACUGGCGGGAAAGCCAGAUCUUCUCAUCACUCUGGGAAAGUUAUUGGCCUUAUUGCAAUGGGCUCGGCAAGAUCGGGAGGCGUGGGGGACGGCGCAGUUAUACUUACAGGGAGCCGCGCUUGAAACUGCACCUCCCACUACAACAGCGGCAGUGCAGACUGGCGAGCCUGGUGAUGGUGGGGAGGACGAGGUGGAGGAUAAAUCUAUAGAGCAGCUGCCUGAGCCGCAGGCAUUUCUUGUUACUGAGUCUGAAGAGGAGCCCUCUGCAACCGGUGCGCAAGGAGGGGCUGCGCGAAAGGAGCCCCCCGCACCACCGGCAUAUCCGUGGGGGGAGUUAAAAGAUACUGUAGCUCAUUAUAACGAGGAAUGUCUUAAGGGGGAUGCUGCAGUCAAGGGCAGCAAGUCUGCAGCCCUUCCUAACAAGCAAUGUCUUAAAGGGGACGCUGCAAUCAGGGGCGGCGAGUCUGGGCCGGGUGAAUCAAAAAAUCAGAAUGUGGACCCCCUAGAUGCGCUCCCAGGCAUGAUACUGAGGCAUCUAGACGACGAGGAAUUAUUAGACCUGGGAUUGAAACGUGUGGGUGGCGGUGACGCAGGGUCCUUUGGGGCACAGAAGAAGGAACGCAGUACCCCGAAGGAACAAACGGCAUGGCGGGAAUGGCGGGGAGGUGGAUGUGAAUUGCGUUCUGAUUCUGAGUCAGAAAAUGAGGAGGCUGCGGCGAGUGGCGCUGGACCCCCUCGGGGCUCGGGUGCCGGGGAGGAGGGGCGUGGGACACCGGGGGACCUUGUGGAGGAACUUGGCAGGGCGAUGGAUGUGCUGGAGGCGCAGGCGGGGAUGCGGGGACGCGCCUUGGAGCGGCUGGGCGAAACCCCGCCCCCUGUGGCGCAGCCAAAUUGGAACUUGAUUGCGAAAGACUGUGUGCUAAGUGGCGUAACCCUAGAAGCUGUACCUGCGGCCGCGCCUCCACAGGCGUUCCCUGUUCAGGUUGGGCCACAAGGAGGAGCUAUGUGGACGCCCCUAGACGCUAAGUUGGUUCAGGCCCUUCACAAGGCAAUAAAAGAGGAAGGUUUGUCGAGCGAAACCACACCUAUGCUGCUCGACUCCGCCCACGUCCAGCCACUAGCCCCUGCCGACGCUAGGCAGCUGGCAAGGGCGGUACUAACUGGACUGCUAUUCCUUCUUUUGAAGGAGGCAUGGUAUCUCGAACUGCAAGGCCGCAUACAAGCUGCAACGACAGAUCCCACCCAUCCCCUCCGACAGUCCACUUUUGAUAGGUCACCGGGGCGGGAGGGGAUACUAACAUUCUUGUAAGCUCGCAGCCAAUGAUGUUUAUAAUAGAUGAUGAAGAGCAGGGAAAACAGUUGGUUGCCACAGUGACUCCUGUUAUUGCUAGGAUAGAACAAGCCCUGUUAGGCCGAGAUGCACUCCGUCAAAUGGGAAUUACUAUGAAGGAUUUUUAGGGGGGGCCACUGCUCAACCUGACCCACAACAAGAUAGAAUUACUUGGCUGACGAAUGAUCCGGUUUGGGUGGAACAGUGGCCCCUCACUCAAGAAAAAUUACAAGCAGCCAAGGAAAUUGUGAAGGUAGAAGCUCAAAGUGGUCAUCUUGAGCCUUCUACUAGUCCAUGGAACACCCCGAUAUUCGUAAUUCGAAAGAAAAACAAAAACAAAUGGAGAUUACUCCAUGACCUGAGAGCUGUGAAUGCGCAGAUGGAAGCGAUGGGACCUUUGCAAACUGGUCUGCCGCUUGUUUCUGCUAUCCCACAGGAUUGGUAUAUCAUAAUAAUUGAUAUUCGAGAUUGUUUUUUCAGCAUCCCUCUUGCCCUGGAAGACCGGAAAAGGUUUGCCUUUACCCUACCUGCAAUCAAUUUGGAGGAGCCAGCAACACGCUGGCAAUGGACAGUCCUGCCACAAGGACUGGAUUGUCGGACGCCCUCGCAACCGGUACAUCUCAGUGACGAAUGAAGAUGACAAGGAAGAGGAUCAGACCUGAUGCUUCUACAGCAAGGGGGAGUGUGUGCUGCACUAGAGGAAGAGUGUUGUGUAUAUGCAGACCACACCAGAAUAGUAAAAGACACUAUGACCGAAUUGCAGAAAGGUCUGGAAAAAACGAAGGAGGGAACGAGAGGCACAGCAAAGUUGGUUUACGUCAUGGUUCAACCAUUCACCAUGGCUGACCACCCUGAUAUCUACCUAAUGGGACCAAUCACAACGAUUGUAAUAGCAGUGAUUUUGGGA